AUGCAGGAUACUUUUGAAAUCAAGACAGAGGGAAGAAAAGGAGGUUUCGGCGGUGGCAAAGAUGAAGACAAGGAGUGUCCUCCAUGUUUCAAUUGUAACCUUCCAAAUUUUGAAUGUACUCAAUUCUCCCAAUGUAAUGCCUUUACUGGAAUGUGUGAAUGUCAAGAUGGAUUUGGAGGUAUGGACUGUUCUGAACCAUUAUGUGGAGCCCUCGGCGAUGGAAAUAACAAUCGUCCGGUUAGAAAGGAAAAGGAUCCCCAUUGUAAGUGUAAGUCUGGGUGGACUGGUAUAAACUGUAACAUGUGUACCCAUGACGAUGUUUGUGAUUCAUUUAUGCCCGAGGGUUUGAAAGGUACUUGUUAUAAACAAGGUAUCAUAGUCAAUAAGCUUCAUCAAAUGUGUGAUGUGACCAAUCCUAAGAUUAUAUCUAUCUUGAAUGGGAAGAAACCUCAGGCUACUUUUGCAUGUAAUAGAACCUCGGAAAAUUGUAAUUUCCAGUUCUGGAUUGAUGAAUUGGAAUCAUUUUAUUGUGACUUGAACAAGUGUAAAUUGGAUUAUGACUUAGGUGCCAACACUACCCAUUAUAAUUGUGAAGAGGUUGCUUGUAAAUGUUUGCCUGAUAGAAUGCUUUGCGGACAAGAUGGUUCCAUAGACAUUUCUGAUUUCUUGACUGAAACAAUUCGUGGUCCUGGAGAUUUUGCUUGUGAUAUUUCUUCCAAGAGCUGUAAGUUCUCGGAACCCAGUAUGAAUGAUUUAAUUCAAAGCGUUUUUGGAGAUCCAUACAUCACAUUAAAGUGUCAGUCGGGUGAAUGUGUACACAAGAGUCAAAUUCCUGGAUAUGAGGUACCAGACCACUCGAAAUUGACGUUGGGAAGUAUUUUCCUGAUUAUUGGUGUAUUUGUUGUUUGUGUUUUGAUUGUGGUGACUGCUGUUCGUAACAUCAGUGAAUCGGCAUUGUUUAAGAAGGAUCCCUACCGAGGUGAGCCAUUUGAAGCUGAUGCUAGUGUCUUGAAUCAAAACUUUGAACCAACAACAUUAUCAUUUGAAAAUAUCAGUUAUGAAGUCACUGGCGGUAUUCGUGUCUUGAAUGAAAUUUUUGGAGUUGUUAAACCACGAGAAUGUUUGGCCAUUAUGGGAGGUUCAGGAGCUGGUAAAACUACUCUUUUGGAUAUAUUAGCUGGAAAGAAUAAAGGUGGUAAAAUCUAUGGAAAUAUUUAUGUCAAUGGGAAGGUAAUUGAUCCUACUCACUACAAAGCAAUUGUUGGAUUUGUUGAUCAAGAAGAUCAUUUGAUCCCAACUUUAACUGUUUACGAAACUGUUUUGAAUAGUGCAUUACUUCGUCUUCCAAGAGAUAUGAGUUUUACUCAAAAGCAAGCUCGUGUUAUUGAAGUUUUGAAUGAGUUGAGAAUCUUGAAUAUCAAGGAUCGAGUUAUUGGAUCUGAUUUUAAGAGAGGUAUUUCUGGGGGUGAAAAAAGAAGAGUUUCUAUUGCAUGUGAAUUGGUUACCUCUCCUUCAAUCUUGUUUUUGGAUGAGCCCACUUCAGGUUUAGAUUCCUAUAAUGCUAGAAAUGUUGUUGAUUGUUUAGUUAAAUUAUCGAGAGAUUAUGAUAGAACCAUUGUGUUUACUAUCCAUCAACCCAGAAGUAAUAUUGUUUCCUUGUUUGAUAAAUUGUUGUUACUUAGUGAAGGUGAUUUGAUUUAUUCUGGUGAUAUGAUCAAGGCUAAUGACUUUUUUACUAGGAAUGGAUAUAAUUGUCCAUUAGGAUAUAAUCUUGCUGAUUAUUUGAUUGAUAUCACGGUUGAUCAUAAAAAGAUUGUCAAGGUUACAAAUGCUGAUUCUGACAUUGUAGCUGCCACAUCAACCUCUACAGAUAUACAAGAUGUUGAUAUUCAUGAUGCUUUCCUUAAAAAUAGAGCCUCUACUCAAGAGGAUACCACUUUAGAAUGGGAGCACUUUGCUACUCAUCGUGAUGAGUACAAUAACGAAAUUAUUGGUCGACGUACUUCAAAGACUGGGGAAGAAGAGACGUAUAUUCGUUUGCGUAACAAAUUGCCAACUUUAUUUGUUGAAUCUUCAUUAGCAUUGGAAUUGAAACAGGAAAUUGAAGAAGGUAAGCAACAUCAUACAUCACUUGAUUUGACUAAGCAUGAUAUCAAGAAGGCGACUUUUUUUAAUCAAGCUGCCAUUUUGUCUCUGAGAACAUUUAAGAAUUUAUACAGAAAUCCUAGAUUAUUAUUGGCUCAUUAUGUCUUGUCAUUAUUGGUUGGUUUAUUCUGUGGAUAUUUGUACUAUGAUUUAUCCUAUGAUAUCAGUGGAUUUCAGAAUAGAUUGGGUUUAUUUUUUUUCCUUCUUGCAUUCUUUGGAUUUUCGUCCCUUACUGGUUUGCAUUCAUUUGCAACUGAAAGAAUUAUAUUCAUUAGAGAACGGGCAAAUAAUUAUUAUCAUCCCUUAAGUUACUACUUGAGUAAGAUAUUUUGUGAUUUGGUUCCACUUCGAGUUUUGCCACCAGUGAUUUUAAUUAGUGUUGCUUAUCCAUUGGUUGGUUUAACUAUGGAACAUAAUGCAUUCUUGAAGGCAAUCUGUGUCCUUGUUGUAUUCAAUAUUGCUGUAUCUACCGAAAUGCUUAUUGUUGGUAUAUUAAUCAAGGAACCGGGAACUUCAACCAUGAUUGGUGUUUUACUUUUAUUGUUGUCAUUGUUGUUUGCUGGAUUGUUUAUCAAUAGCGAAGACUUGACUAUCCUGAUCAAAUGGCUCGAAUGGGUUUCUGUAUUCCAUUAUGCAUAUGAAGCCUUGUCUAUUAAUGAAGUCAAGGACUUGAUUUUGAGAGAAAAGAAGUAUGGUUUGUCGAUCGAGGUACCUGGUGCUGUUAUUUUAAGCACCUUUGGAUUUGAUGUUGGGGCAUUCUGGAAAGAUGUCUUGUACUUGGCAGGAUUAUCAUUAUUAUUCCUUGUGUUUGGUUAUGUUUUCUUGCAUAAAUUCGCCAUUGAGAGAAGAUAA